UUUAGACUAUCCACGUGCCGCAUCGACGAAGCCCCAAGCUACGCGGCGAUAUCGUACACAUGUGGUCAGGACACCGAAACGCAAGGGAUCCGCGUCGAUGGAAAACGUUUCUCUGUGAAGCCCAACCUGUGGUCAUGCCUCCACUACGUGACAAAAGAUCCACGAUGGGACUACUUCUGGGUCGAUGCUAUCUGCACCAAUCAAUUCAACGAUGCAGAGAAGUCUUGA